GAAACAUCGGUAUCGCCGAAAACACCGUGUUGGCCGCUCUCAGCUUCCUCUCUGAUUACAAGUCAAUUAAAUGUGAUAAUUGAGACGAAAUAAUUUUUUUCUUCCAGUGACUUCUUUUUUUGACAGAACGUCAACGUGGUCUAGCUAUUUUAAUGUAAAGAAUACUUCAGAAGAAAUACUUCAGAAGAUCCAAUACACGUUGCAGCAUUCGUAGAUAUUCAAUGAAUAUAUCGAUAUUUAUCUAACCUAUCUGUACUCUUUCGUUUCUCAUAUACAUAUUAUAUUUCAUUAAAUAUGUCGCACAGACACUUGUUUCUGAAAUCUGGAUUUUUACGUGCACCUCACGGUCUCGGAAUUGGCCGUUAUGUCUGUCAACUGCAAAGAGUUACUUUAAAAUUUUGUAAAAGCCAUGGUACAAGUAUGGGAAUGAGGCAUUUUAUAGAACAUAAUUUAAUUCAUUAUGCAAAGGAAAAUCCAGGAAUAGUUGUAUAUGUUAAACCAAGAAGGCACAGACAUCCUGUUAUAGUUGCCGAAUAUCUGAAUGGUGGUAGGCAAUGGAUGGAUGUUGCCAAUUACAAUCAGGAGGAUAUCAUCAAGUGGAUGGAAUUGUUGCGUACACAGAUUCAUGAUAGUGCAUCCUUAAGAUUGCGGAAACUAUGGCACACGGAAUUUCCAUCCAUUCAAGGGCCAUGGACACCCUUCUUCUUUAAAGAUCCAAUGAUAAAUCUUGUCCACUUCCCAAAUAAGGAACAUGGUGCAGCUGUUAAACUAACUCCUACUGCAACGGAACAACUUAUCCAAUUGUUCAAAGCCCAACAAUUGCAAGAUAACACAGCUAAUGACUCUCAAGAUACUGAGCGUGUUGAAACAACAUAAUUCUAUAUACAAUUUUGUAUAUUUUGUAACCCAAACAUUCAGAACAUACGCAAAAAUAUAUAGUAUAAAAUUUAGAAUUGAUACUCUAGUAACCAUACGGAGAAAACAUAGUACUACGUGAUGCUAAAUAAGUAUACAUAUAUGUAUAUAUUUCUUAUGCAUAAGGAAAAGUAAAAUAUCUAAUGAAAAGUA